AUGACAAACAUCUGUAGACUAUGUUUGAGAUCAGGGGACAAAUGUGAGAAUAUUGAAAACUUAUUGAGAGAUUUGUUGGAUGCCCUAUUGCUCAAACUGGAUUUUGAAAGAUCGAAAAAUCCGGUCAUUUGUAAGGAUUGCUUGAAUCGAAUUCAUAAACUGUUUGACUUCAAGACACUAUGCCUCUACACAGAAGAUGUGUUGCAUCCGUUUAUCAACAAACAGGACGGUCAAGUGAAACAAGUGAACUUGUUAUCAGUAUUAUCAGAAACAAAACACUUGAAUUCAGAAAAUGUGCAAAUUUGUCGCCUGUGUCUGGAAGUUAUCAAAGAUUCAGAUAAUGUGAAAAAUGAAGUUCUGCAAAAUGAAUUCGAGGAUGUUUUCAAAAAUCAUCUUCCUGAAGUUUCAUUACAUGCUACCAAUGCUCCGCUAAUCUGUAAUAACUGUAGGAAACAUCUUCUUGAAUUCGAUGAGUUCGUCUCAGUUUGUACCAAUACUGAGGAACGAAUCAAAAAUAUAUCUAAAGAAGAGGUCGGACCUGCCCAACUAGUUGAUUUAUCCGAAUUAUAUUCAAUACUCCCUAUACCAACCAAAGAAGAAGUGUAUUUAAAGAGAGAAUCGCCGAUAGACUACAGCGACAUGACUGCUGCAAUACAGUCACUUCUCGACAGCUGUCAAUAUUCGCAGGAUACAAAAUUAUUCAAAUGCUGCAGCUGCGCAUUCGAGACCGCAGUCAAAAAACGUAUCAAGAGUCAUUUGCUCACACACUUGGACCAGUCGCUCCUACCUAUUUACAAAUGUGAAUGGGAAAAUUGCACUUGGACAGGAAGACAUCCACACAGUAUUAAGAAACAUUUCAAGGCUCACUCGAAGGAGAUCGUGUGUUCAGUAUGCGAUUUAAAAUGUUAUGGAGAUUUCGAAUAUCGUCGACAUUUUAAUAGCACUCACAAAGAAGGGGAAUUCUGGAGGUGCAACAAAUGCGACUAUGUCUCAGAUAGUAGAAUGGGGCUGUUCAGACAUGUGCGUGUCCAUAGAGAAGACUUCCUCGAAUGCAUCAAAUGCACUUUCAAAUCAAAAUACAGAGCAAGUAUGGUGGAGCACAAUAGAGUAGUUCAUGAAAAAGGACUGAAAAGACAUAAACCUAGAAAGGAAGGGGCAGACGCUUAUUACUGUCAUGAUUGUUCGUUCAUAACCAAAGUGAAAGCCAGCAUCAGAAACCAUGUGUUGACGCAUAAGAGCAAGUCUGAGAUGCCGCUGUUAGAAUGCGACGAGUGCGAUUAUACAUCCAAGAGUAAAAUAUUUCUGAAGAAGCACAAGAAGACGCAUUUGAACAUCAUGUAUACUUGCGCGGUGUGCGAUGCUUCGUUUUCUAGUGAGUCUGGGUUGGAGAAGCACAGACGGUUACACUUUAAGAAGAAGUUGAAGUGCCCAGAAUGUGACUACGAAAAUUUAGAUCUUUAUCGUCUCAAAGUGCAUAUGGAGAAGCAUCAGAAGGUUACCGCUGGGACAGUGCACAAGUGUAAAUCAUGUUCGUUCCAGAGUGCUUGGAAGAGCUGUGUUUCUAAACAUGUGAGAACAGUUCACAAACAAAAACUAACCAAAGAGAAUGAUGGGAAGAGUUAA